AUGGGUCUACAGGCAAGAGUUAUGGGUCUACAGGCAAGUAUGGGCCUACAGGCAAGAGUUAUGGGUCUACAGCAAGAGUUAUGGGUCUACAGGCAAGAGUUAUGGGUCUACAGGCAAGAGUUAUGGGUCUACAGCAAGAGUUAUGGGUCUACAGCAAGAGUUAUGGGCCUACAGGCAAGAGUUAUGGGCCUACAGGCAAGAGUUAUGGGUCUACAGCAAGAGUUAUGGGUCUACAGGCAAGAGUUAUGGGUCUACAGGCAAGAGUUAUGGGUCUACAGGCAAGAGUUAUGGGCCUACAGGCAAGAGUUAUGGGUCUACAGCAAGAGUUAUGGGUCUACAGGCAAGAGUUAUGGGUCUACAGGCAAGAGUUAUGGGUCUACAGCAAGAGUUAUGGGUCUACAGCAAGAGUUAUGGGCCUACAGGCAAGAGUUAUGGGCCUACAGGCAAGAGUUAUGGGUCUACAGCAAGAGUUAUGGGUCUACAGGCAAGAGUUAUGGGUCUACAGGCAAGAGUUAUGGGUCUACAGGCAAGAGUUAUGGGCCUACAGGCAAGAGUUAUGGGUCUACAGGCAAGAGUUAUGGGUCUACAGGCAAGAGUUAUGGGCCUACAGGCAAGAGUUAUGGGCCUACAGGCAAGAGUUAUGGGUCUACAGGCAAGAGUUAUGGGCCUACAGGCAAGAGUUAUGGGCCUACAGGCAAGAGUUAUGGGCCUACAGGCAAGAGUUAUGGGUCUACAGGCAAGAGUUAUGGGCCUACAGGCAAGAGUUAUGGGCCUACAGGCAAGAGUUAUGGGUCUACAGGCAAGAGUUAUGGGCCUACAGGCAAGAGUUAUGGGCCUACAGGCAAGAGUUAUGGGUCUACAGGCAAGAGUUAUGGGCCUACAGGCAAGAGUUAUGGGUCUACAGGCAAGAGUUAUGGGCCUACAGGCAAGAGUUAUGGGUCUACAGGCAAGAGUUAUGGGUCUACAGGCAAGAGUUAUUGGCCUACAGGCAAGAGUUAUGGGCCUACAGGCAAGAGUUAUGGGCCUACAGGCAAGAGUUAUGGGUCUACAGGCAAGAGUUAUGGGUCUACAGACAAGAGUUAUGGGUCUACAGGCAAGAGUUAUGGGUCUACAGGCAAGAGUUAUGGGUCUACAGACAAGAGUUAUGGGUCUACAGACAAGAGUUAUGAGUCUAAUGGCAAGAGUUAUGGGUCUACAGGCAAGAGUUAUGGGCCUACAGGCAAGAGUUAUGGGUCUACAGACAAGAGUUAUGGGUCUACAGACAAGAGUUAUGGGUCUACAGACAAGAGUUAUGGGUCUACAGGCAAGAGUUAUGGGUCUACAGACAAAAGUUAUAUACCUUUGCAGUAUACUACAGUAUAG